GCAUUAUUCUGCUGAUUGGAGCUCCGGGCGGAUCCCAUGGCCCUUGAUGUAGCAGUAGUCGCUAUGCACACCACCUGUUUGAUAAAUUUCUCAGAGCAGGGUAGAUUCUAGAAUGGAAGAAUGAGAGGCCAGUAAGAUGAUACUAGAAAUCAAAAUAUUCAAUGGCAAUAAGAAAAGCUACAAGUGAAAAAUGCAUUUCUUUUCGAGAGCACUUCCUCAUGGGUACAAAAGUUGUACUCAAUUAUCUUAUUCGAAGUUGAAUGUUCCCUUCAUUCAUAGCAGUUGGUUCUUUGAGAUCCCCAAAUUUGAUUCUUCUACACCCUCCAUCCAUCAGCAGUUUCGUUCCUUUGAAAUCCCAUCACAACCCAAUCCAAAUUACAUACCAACCAAACCUGGGAGCUGCAACACUUCUCAAGCAGACUCAAAAACUGGACCUGGCCUUGUCUACCUUGAAAACAUCCAUGAUGAUCGUGCAGAUGAAGGGAGGCAUGAUGAGUUUGCAGCAGAUGUGGAAAAGAUAUAUAGGAUUCUGAGGAAGUUUCACUCUAGAGCUCCCAAAAUGGAGCUCGCCUUGCAAGAAUCUGGAAUCAUCAUGCGGUCAGGAUUGACAGAGCGAGUGUUGAACCGCUGUGGUGAUGCAGGCAAUUUGGGUUACAGCUUCUUUGUGUGGGCUUCAAAGCAGCCGAGUUAUAGGCAUAGCUAUGACGUCUAUAAAGCAAUGAUUAGGAUUUUAGGGAAAAUGAGGCAUUUCGGUGCUGUCUGGGCAUUACUCGAGGAGAUGAGAAAGGAGAACCCUCAGUUGAUAUCACCGGAGCUGUUCAUUAUCUUGAUGAGGAGGUUUGCUUCAUCCAGAAUGGUAAAAAAAGCAAUAGAAGUCCUGGAUGAGAUGCCCAAGUAUGGCUGUGAGCCAGAUGAAUACGCAUUUGGUUGCUUGUUGGAUGCUUUGUGUAAAAAUGGUAGUGUAAAAGAAGCAGCUGCUUUGUUCGGAGAAAUGAAAUAUCGGUUCACACCAGGUAUUAAGCAUUUCACAUCACUGCUGUAUGGCUGGUGUAGAGAAGGGAAGCUUAUGGAGGCAAAACAUGUGUUGGUGCAAAUGAGAGAAGCUGGUUUUGAACCAGAUAUUGUUGUCUACAAUAAUCUCCUGAGCGGAUAUGCACGAGUGCAGAAAAUGGGGGAUGCAUACGAUCUGUUGAAAGAGAUGAAGCGAAAGGGUUGUGAGCCUAACACAGCUUCUUAUACUACUCUAAUACAAGCUCUAUGUUCCCGAGAAAAAAUGGAGGAGGCUGCACGCAUGUUGCUUGAGAUGCACAGGAGCAACUGCGAAGCAGAUGGUGUGACGUACACUACACUGAUUAGUGGCUUUUGCAAAUGCGGUAAACUUGAUAAUGCUUACGAGCUAUUGGAUCGGAUGAUACAGCGAGGUCAUACUCCAUGCGCAACAACUUAUUUGCAUAUUAUGUUGGCUCAUGAGAAGAGGGAGGAGCUGGAAGAGUGUUUGGAACUCAUCGAGGAAAUGAAGAAGAUUGGUUGUGUUCCUGACGUUAGCGUCUAUAAUGUGGUGAUCAGGUUAGCAUGUAAGUUGGCCGAUAUUAAGGAGGGUGUUGAGCUUUGGAAUCAAAUGGAAGCAAGUGGCCUUAGUCCAGGUCUGGACAGUUUUGUUAUCAUGAUUCAUGGACUUGUUGCACAUGAUCAUCUAGUUGAAGCAUGCGAUUAUUUUAAAGAGUUGGUCGGAAGAGGUCUUCUAUCAGCUCCGAAUUAUGGCACAUUGAAAGACUUGCUCAAUUCUCUUUUAAGAGCUGGAAAACUUGAAAUGGCUAAAGAUGUUUGGAAUUGCAUCGUGACGAAAGGAUGUGAUCUCAAUGUUUAUGCCUGGACAAUCUGGAUUCAUGCACUCUUCUCAAAUGGGCAUGUUAAAGAGGCGUGUUCAUAUUGCUUGGACAUGAUGGAUGCAGAUGUGAUGCCGCAGCCAGAUACAUUUGCUAAGCUCAUGCGGGGUCUUAGGAAGCUGUAUAACCGACAAAUUGCGGCAGAGAUAACCGAGAAAGUGAGAAAGAUGGCUGUGGAUAGACAGGUCACUUUUAAGAUGUACAAAAGGCGAGGCGAGAGAGACUUGAAAGAAAAAAUCAAGGCAAAAAGGGAUGGGAGGAAGACGAGGGCUCAGAGACGCCGGCGGGGGCGGGGCCGGGUCCAUGCUAAAGCGGAUAUCUCAUCAGGGCUUAGUUGAUGGGAUCCUGCAUGCUAGUACAGGGUUUGGUUGUGUCCGGAGCUAACAUCGUGGAAAUUGUUCGAUUCGUCCGCUGAUAGUUUCCUUGAUUCUUAUUCAGGUCCGUGUACCCGUCUGGUAUACCUUGUUAAUUACAUUUAGCUGUGAAAUAAAGUGAAAAUGUUCGUUCUAUAUAUAGAGCAUGACC